AUGAAUCUGGACUCAGCAGCAGGAAUGCAGCGGCACGGGCAGCAAGACGACGACGAGAAGCAGUAUCGUUGCAGCCAAAGGACUUGGCUUAGGACUAGGGAUGCACGAUCAAUUGGACUAAUGCAAGCAACGCUCCCCACCACCCCGUAUCAUCCCGUAUCGCAUUAUGGGACGGUGGACCAGGCAGACGAUGUCAUUUUCUUCGUGUCGCGCGCGAGCUACUGCGGGCUAUCUUGCGCCGAGGCUGAGUCUCGGCCACGUUGUCCCAGCUUUGACAGCGUCUACGAUGUCCGAUGGCCAAUGUCCAAUGUCCUGCAAGCCAAACAGAAUAACAACGGAAAACGGAAAACGGGAUUUGCUUGGCCUGCUUGGCUGGCUACGCCCCUGCGCCAGGGCUCGUUUUUUCAGCUGGAUUGGCACGUUCAGUUUGAACUCCGCAGGGGCCUAUCCACAGUACCGGGUUCGAGCAACUAUACCAACAUGAGACUUGAGACUGAGACUAUGAGUAAUAGCCUAGGUCUUGUGACGCAGGCCACAUAUGGUCCGAUUUCCAUCUUUGCGACUAGAUUUUACAAAACGUUUCAAAACGGGCCAAAAACCCAGGAAAUUGACUCAGUCAAGAGAAGGAUCGCGGACAAGUCCUAA